AUGCUCAUCCGGCUGCGGUCGCGCGACGGCCUGGAGCGCAUCGUCAUUGCAGACGGCGCGGGCGUUGCGGAUCUGAAGGCCCAGAUCAACAGCCAGCUCAGCAUACCCAUAGAGGACAUAACCCUGUCCUGGGACCCGCAGCUGCUCACGGCCAAGGGGGCGCUCGACGGCAUCAGCCUUCUGCCGGACAGCAAUGCUGCGCUGACAUCACUGGGCGUCAGCCAUGGGGACAUGCUGUUCAUGCUGUACCAUUUUGAGCGGCAGGUCGAACCAGCGGUCCAGAAGACCGUGUUCGACAAGCGUCAGUUUGGCGUGAGCGUGACAGUCCACGACAUCGCAGCAAAACAGCGGCGCAUCGAGCGGCAGGACAAAGCCAAGGUGGAGAGUGUCAGCUUUGACCGCAACGCGGCAAACGUCUUCCAGUCAUACGUGCAGCUCUCGUGUGGUGGCGGGGCCGCCGGCGGGAUCGUGUGGCGGGUGCUCGCCCUGUGA